UUUGGACCAGUAUCUCUUGGACUAAUCACUGCUAAAGCUACAUGUAUCGUUUGGCCUCCUUCUCGUUGGCAGUUUCUCAGUUCGUCCCUUCCUGAAUCAAGAUUACCUCUGAACCUUUCUCCUCCUACUUUGUUAUAUUCUGCAAUACAACAUGCGUGCAAUCUCAUUAGUCAAUCGAAUUGAGUUUGAGUUUAGGGGAAACGUUGCUAGGAAUGCAAUAGUAUUAGGUGAUUUAGAUAACGAUGGAUCCAAUGAAUUGGUAAUUGGGAGCGAUAAUGGAAAAGUUGCUAUAUUCAAGGGAAGAAGAAAAUUUCAAGUUAUUUCAAAUUUGAGUUUUGUUAGUUGCAUAGCUAUUGGUGAUAUAUUUAACGAGAAACAAAAUAAUCUAGUGAUAGUCACUGCUGAUGGUUGGUGUUAUAUUUAUAAGGCAAUUAUAAGGAAGAAAGUAGUUGAAUAUGAAGAAACAGCGGUUGAAGAUGUGGAUGCGAUUGAUGGACAGGUCUUUUCCGGAGAAAGCACAGAUGGUUUGAAAGAUGAUCAACCUGUUUCAUCAAAUAAAUUCUAUAAAGAAACAGAGGAUGAAGACGAAAUGUUGCUCACCUGUGUGCAUACACAGCGUAUUCCCGCCAAUUCUAAAGAUAUUUUAUUAGCUGAUGUAAAUGGAGAUGGGUCUAUAGAAAUGGUCUUGGGACUUACAGAUCGCGUAGUGCGUUCCUAUAGAUGGAUUCCUAACGUAGGAACAAGAAAUAAAUCUUUCAGUUCUACUUCUAGUUCCGAAGAAAAGGAGAAUAAAGUGGAUAACUGUUUAGGUAAAUUGGUAGCCUUGAACAAAUGGGAAUGCGCCAACCAGAUAGGCUCAAUAACUCUGCAUCAUUCAGAGGAUGGGCAGCCUUCCCUUCUGAUCGCCCAACCUGGGGGUACGUUCAUGCGCAUCAAAUGUCCUUGUGAACAGACCUGGAGACAGGACCUCGAGAAUUCGGAGACGAGUACGAACAGUACCUCGAGCGAUUCCACUUCAAGUUCCCUUGUCGAUUAUCAGUACUUGGGAAUCUCCAGGAUGAGGAGUCGGAACAUAUCCACCGAAAUUCUGGGUGAUUUCAGGACUGCCACACCGAAUGCGGAUAAGGAAAGUCUUGAAGGGGAUGAGGUGUCCACAAACAAUCAGGCUAGGCCUUACGCUUUGGCCACUUUGGACGGAACUAUUAUGCUUGUUAGGAAUGAGGUUAUACUUUGGGCUAUGGCUGUAGAUCACCAAAUCUUCGCAUUGACCAAACUGGAUGUGACAGGUACGGGUUCAGAUGACAUAGUCGUUUGUUCUUGGGACGGUCAGACAUACAUACUAGAUCAGGACAAGAAUUCCGUCAGAUUCCAUCUGGAACAACCUGUUCAGGCUUUCAACAGCGGUUAUUAUAAUUUAACACCCAAUGAACCACCAGUUACUUGUUUGGUUUAUGUCACCUUCAAAAAUACGGUCAUAAUCUACUAUGAUAUCCCGCUCCAUGAUCUCACAAUUAGGAAAUUUGAGCCUGAUCUAUCCUUGUUGGCAAUGAAAUUAAACGAAGAAGAAAAUGGUGCAGAGGAUAAGGUGAAGGAUUUCGAUAAAAAUACAAAAAAAUCACUUGUUAGUUAUUUAUUGUAUAAUUUGAAUUCUUGAAAUUAAGUACAAUUGUAUAAUUUUAUUUUAUACAAAAUGAUUCUCUAUAACCUAAAAGAUUUCAAUGAACAGAAAUGGUUUUAGUUUUAUACAAGAGAUCAUUUGUAAUUGGAAAAAAAUUAAAAAUGUACAUUAAAUACAAUAUGGACAAUAUGGGACUGUAAAUUUUGAAUUUUAAAUAAAACUACCUGUACAAGAAA